AUGGAGUUUGGAAUGGAUGCCACAUCUCGUUCAUUCAGAAAUUUGGUGGUCUCCUACAGGGGUGCAGAAAGGCAACCGCCAAAUUGCCUUCAGUUGGCCCUCAGAUUCUCCCGCCUGAUGGAGCUCGCUGAAUCCGAAGGCCGCCACGCUGCCAGCAUGAGCACAGAGGACCGCCUCCGGGCGAUCAUCAGCGACUUCCAUGAGUUUCCAGGGUUGGCCACCAAAAACAUGAUGGAUGAGGAUAAGGUGAAAUCCAUCCUCAACCUUAUCGGUGGGUCAUCCAAGGAAGCACGCGAAGUGUUGAGAGCGCAUCUCGACCGGCACAAAUGGAAGGAAGCUGCCAUCAAUACGGAACAACUUAGAUCAUCACGAUGGAUGGUGGGAUCUCAGCCAAAGGCCAAUCAGUGCCCUUCGGAGUUGCGGAAAGUUCUUUGUGUGACACCGCAGAGCCAGGUGAUGCACUUGAAGUGGGUUGUAAACCAGUUCAUCGAAGAUGGUCGGCGGUUGCGGCCUUCGGCCAGAUCUCGUGUUCGGCUGUCCUGUGAUGGGUUUGAGGCUGCCGCUGACUACGCGUGCUUUUACUCAGCUGUGCUCACAGAGGCGCGCCAGUUGUCAACAUGGACAUCGGACAAGGAAGAAGCUGUGAUGAAAUCGUUCUACCAGAAGGACUACAAGAGUGAUGUUGAAGCCAUCAUUGCCAGCAAGUUGCCAACUUGGAAGCUCUCCCACUUUGGACUGUGGACAGAUCUGUGUGAUCCCCCCGCUGCCCCUGUUGCAGCUCCAUCAUCUGCAGCAGAACUGAUGGAGCUGGAGGAUCAAGCGCACCAGGCGAAGUACAGGGAAUUGCGUGCAAAGAUUGCGCAAGACAUGUCUAGCAUGACCUCGUACCACGCGAAGAAUGAUGAGAACAAGCGCCGUGGGCAUGUUGUCACGGUGAUGCAUGAGCGUGCACAAACCCAAAUUGGGAGGCAGCUUUGCGAAGACUUCAUGGAGAAGACCUGUCGGGUGCUUCUCGCGGCUGACAAGAGCCCAGUGGAGGGCCCGGCUUUGACCAUGGCCAAGAAUUUGGCACUUUCCAAGAAGGUGGCAGUUGGAGAUUUGCUUGUGGUCCUCUACAUCGACUGCACCAAACUCGGAGUGUUGAACCAAAUGGAUAUCAACAUGGUGGGAAACAUCACUGAACGAAUUCUCAGUGGAAACCCAACCCGUUCGGUUCUGGUGCUGAUCCCACCGCUUUUGGUGGGAAGCGACUCUGGCGGUUGCCUUCGAAAAGAUCUGAGGUUCUGUGGAAGUUCACUGUGGCUUCGUCAAUCCCUCCAGCCAUCGCAGUUCCCUUCAGCGCUCAAUGAGCGUGACUUUGUGGUGCCCGGGACAGGUGCUGAGAGCCUACUUUCAAAUGACCAGAGGCGAAACCUGACUGACCAUCAAGAAACCGCUCAAUGGUGUGGAGGGGUCAUGGUACCAAAGAACCUGCUCACUGCGUUGUUCAGUGGUGUCAAGUCUGCGCAUGGUGCUAUCGUGGUGCACCCGACCAGCUACGAUGGGUGUGUUGAGCUUGGGGCUUUGCAGCUUGGACAUUGGGUGGUCGGUUCCAGCUUUGUUGACAGCCACCACAAGAGCUCCAAAGAGAUUGUCAAGUCUUACUUGCUUCAGGCCUGGAAGUCUGGACGUUGCCCCAUGGACAAACACACCCCGAGAUACAAAGCCCAACCAGCUGAACAAGACCUUCCCAAACAAGAGGGCCCACCGCAGCUCAAGGUGUGCAAGAUUGAGAGCGACAAGUUGGUCAUCCCCCCGGACGUUAGGUCUCUUUUCCUGAGCUGUCCAGUUUUUGGACCUGAAUGGAGGGAGCUCCUGGCAUCUUUUGACAAGCAAUGGUCUGCUGCAUUGCAAGAACCUCGCCCCAGCCCUGUGAAGAGAGAUCCUACCAGCUCCGAGAACCCCAAUGGAGUCAAGGUUGAGACCAAGGAGGAAGAUGAAACCUUUGAUUGGUCGAAGGUUUUCUGUGAUGAACCUUCCACCUAUGAGGAUGUGAAGAAGAAGCAUGGGGCUGACCAACUUACUGAACUUCCUGGACAUGUUGGAGGCUUACUUUUGGUUGUGGCGCCGGGACCUGCUUUGUACGUGGUUGGAAAGGAUGCUGUGAAUCUGGAAAUUUCUCAGCCCUUGAUUUCUCAUGGACCUGGCACAUGGCUCUUGGGGGACAAGGCGACCAAGUUUUUGACGAACAGCCCAGGAAAAGGUUUCCUAUGCCAAUGGCAGUCUGAUGAAGUCUUGGUUUGCAUUGAGGCUUUGCAGAAGAUCGAAAAGGGUGGAUUCAUUGACUACUCCUUGGGUGGCCACGCUUGCUCAAGACCCCCAUCGGUGACCCAGGGGAAAGCAGAUGACAUGUUUGAGAUUAUUCCUGAGAAUGGCAACCCUCUUGUUUGGCGUGCCACAGCGAUUUCCCACAAACAGCUGAAAGGAGUGAAUUGUGCAUCCCACUUUUCAGCUGAUGCCUUGGAGAAAAGCCCCCUCGAAUGUGUUUGGAGGCUGAGGAAGUAUCCGACCGAGAAGGUCAUUGCUGCUGCCAAGCCUUUGUGGUACUUGCCGGGGGAGCUCAAGUUGGCGAAAGGAGCUGCCAAAAGGGUUGUGUAG